AUGGCUUGUGUUGUUAGGAUCGCACGCGUUGUGGGCAAUAAGUGGAUUGAUUCGAUAAGGCUCAAUACUUUUGGUCGCACAUUUUCCUUGUUCAAUGGAUUCUCUCAACUGGAUUUUUUGCCCCCUGAAUAUGUUAUGCCUCUCUCGUCAACUCACAAUGUGUUGAUCGUACAGCCAGUCGUACAGAAGGCUGAACUCCGCCGUCAACUUGAUCUGAAUGCCAGCUCGGCCGGUGCCAUGGAGUUGGGUCAGAUGGUGAAAGGUCCUAACGAGCAGGAGGCGCGAUCCCUGGUGGAUUCGUUGAAUGGAUGGACGGUAGAGGAUGUGGUGUACAUGAACGUACGAUCCGGAGGACUGCGCAAUGACCAGUUCUUCUCCAAAGGAGUGUGGCAUGAUCUCACUGCCCUCGUGAAGCACCGUCUGAUGCCAUCGUCCGACGAGUCCCGCCAGCCCAUCACCGCCAUCUUUGUCAACUGGCGGCAGCUCAGAAUCAAUCAGCUCAUCGAGAUGCAAAAAACCUGGCGGUGUCCCGUCUUCGAUCGGUACACGCUGGUGGUGCAGCUCUUCCUGUUGCGCGCGCGGUCCCGCGUGGCACGGGCACAGGCGCAGCUGGCUGAGCUUAGCUUCGUGCGCAGUCGCCUCGCAGCCGACGCUACCGCAGCUUCUGCUAGGGCUCCCUCAAGGGUGCGUAAUCUCGACCACCUUCGGCGAGUCCUCGAUGAACAGAAACACAAACUGACGACAAUAUUAAUGGAAGAGGAAAGGCGAAAAGAGCUCAAUAGGACAAAGCGCCGCCAAAGAACGCUUAAUCGACUCCCUGUGGUAGCAGUCAUUGGGUACACGAACGCCGGGAAGACCAGUUUAAUUCGAGCCCUUUCGGGAUGUUCGAGAAUGAUAGCCUCUCCACGGGUGUUUACCACCCUCGAUGUGACCCAUCACGCUGCUCGCCUUCCUACACCCAUUGACGUCGGAAGUGAAGGUGUCGGGGGCGUGGGAACCCCUGGACUUCGACUGCUCCUGCUCGACACUAUCGGCUUCAUGGCUGAUCUCCCCCGGGACCUUAUCGCAGCCUUUAGGGCCACCCUCAUUGAAUGUCUCGAUGCUGAGAUAAUCCUCCAUGUAAUUGACGCCAGUAAACCAAACUGGCAGAAGUUUGCAGCCUACAUCGAGCGUGUUCUUAGAGAUGGGGGAAUCCAUGUCCGACGUCCAGGUGAGCUGGCGCCGACAACAGACAGGCAAGGCUGUAUCUCUCCCUUCCUCAUUCGCAUUGGCAACAAGUUGGAUCUCGGCAUUAUUACUGAUUCCUCUUUGAAGUCUUCCUCGAUGCAACUUGAUGUAGAGGUGUCCUGUAUUCGUAAUACCGGUAUCGUCGAACUCGGCAGUCUUAUCGAAUCCUGCCUCAUUUCUGGUUUCGGCUGGUCCAAACGAAAACUCCGUAUACCACAGGGCAGUGAAACUCUUAGAUGGCUUUAUGCUAACGCGAUGGUGGUGCGAGUGUCAAGUUGUCCUGAGGACGCAGAGAAACUCAUCUGUGAAGUGAUCUUCAACGAGGCCAUUUGGAAUCGUUUUAAGUCACAAUUUGCAUCGAUUUUGUGCAGCAAAUAA